AUGUCUCUUUCCGCUGCUGCAAUCUCCAAAAACUAUGAUGCUUUAGCCCAGUUAAUCUCGUCCUGGGUCGAAGCCAAUCCCCCCAACAAAGACAGAGAAGUAAGUGAAGAGUGCAAGGAACGAGCAGUCACGAUCGCGCUUCGAACGCGUCCGUUUCUCAAGAGCGAGGGUGAAGGAUUGUUGAGUGGUGUACAUGCGAGGGGGAAGAAUAUGUGGGUGCAUGUGCCUAGUUCCAAGUGGAGUGGUCCAACAAUUCAACACAAGCCGUUUGAGGGUGACUUUGCGUUUGGUCCUGAAAGUGCGAGUGAGGAGGUUUAUGAGCGGUUGGUCGUCAGACCGGGUAUAAUAGACACGGUGCUUGGAGGGGGAGUAGGAUGUAUCCUUGCAUACGGACAAACCGGAUCGGGCAAGACGUACACGAUCUCGUCUCUGGAGGAGAUUGUUUCACAUGACAUUUUCCCGGCCGCUGAAUCCUAUGCGUCCACUCAUUUUGCCAACUUCCCUACUGCCCCAAGGGACGUGUUUGCGGUAGGGAUCAGCAUGUACGAGUUGCUCGGGAACAAGGUCACCGACUUAUUGGAUAGGGAUAGCCCGGAGGUGGAUAUAGCCGAAGACAAGUUUGGAGGCAUCAAAGUAUCAGCCAAAGUUAUUCCUGUAACUGACGCAGAAGAAUUGGCCAAGAUGAUUGCUACUGCCGUGUCUCAUAGGCGAACCUCCACAACGCUGAAAAAUGAAACGUCUUCUCGCUCGUAUGAUUUGUCUUUUUCAUUGCAACCUGGGCGUUUGGUUUUGGUUGAUUUGGCAGGCUCAGAGCGCGCGGCGGAUAGGACGGCACAUACUAAGGAGUUGAUGAAUGAGGCUCGACUAAUAAACACCUCACUCAUGGCCCUGAAAGAUUGUGUCCGGGGUCGUGCAUUAGUCGAAGCUGAGCGUUCGAAGAGGGGUGACGUCAAAAAGCCUGUGUUCGACGUUGAAGCAACCCGCCAUUCCAGGACAGUGAUCAUCGCGCAUGUAUCCCCGCAUUUAGCUGAUGCGUCACACUCCAGCAAUACCCUAACAUACAUUGCUCCGUUCCACGUAACCGCGACUUCCCAAUCGGCCGCUUCCUCCACAACGUCUCCAGCAACAUGGUCAAACGAAGCUUUCCGCACCUGGGUGACUAAAACUUCCUCAAAAAUUGAUUCUGAGAAGCUUGUACCAUUCGAAUCGGGAAAACAAAUGUGCGAAUUAGAGGAGAGUGUGUUCAUACAACGGUGUUUGGACUCCCAAAACGAUGGGCUAGACAAACCGUUGACAGAAGCUGGUGCAAAAGCGUUUUAUGAUAAACUAUGGGGAAUGGUGGUUGAGGCAAAGCGAAAUUCACGGCCCGAGGAGCUUCGGACUUUGAUGUAUAAUCCCCCUUCGACCUGGUCGCAUUUUCAAGUUAGAGAUUACAUAGAGAAAGAACUUCCUUCGGUUGACCUUGAUAAGCUAAUGCCUACUAUGGCGCCUAACCCGAGGAGGGGAAAGGAUUUCAUCAACGGCAUGGGAGAGGCAGAGUUUAUCCUCACUGUGACUUCUUCGAACAAAGACGGCGAGGCUGUGAGUAUAGAACAUGCAAAGGGCCUUCACACUAAACUAUGGAAAAUCGAAAACGAUACUUGGAACGCGUCUCGUACCGAGGCUUUAACUCAACGGGAUCCUAACGGAGGAAAUGGUGCAUAUGAUGCAUUCAACGAGGAGCGGCUAAAUGACCCCGCCAUAUAUGCACUUGUUUACGGGAGUCAACCCCCCCCCCCUAGCUAG